GCUCAUUCCUCCAUCGGCCUGGCGCCAUUUACGAACGUCCACGCACAUCCCAAGAGCCCGUCUACACCUAAGCUCAUACGCUCCUCCUAGUAUCUUGUAAUCCGUCAACACUCAACCGCAAUGGCUUCCAAAGGAUGGUUUAACCUCGAGGCCGCCACGGGCGCGCUGCCUGAGACGCAGUUCUUCGAAGGCGACUCGGCCUUCAAGUUCCUGGGAUUGUCGCGGACGCAGCGGCUGUACGGCUUUGGCGCGUGUCUUGCGAUCGGGUUCAUCCUGAGUAUCCUGGGAAGCGUCAUGCUGUUCAUUGGGCAACUAGGAACGUUCGCUGUGCUCUAUGCGUUCGGUACCGUAAUCUCGCUAGUAGGGACUGGGUUCCUGCUCGGGUUCAUGAAACAAUUCAAGAUGAUGUUCAAGCCUGUCCGAGUCGUGGCGACAAUCAUCUUCCUCGUCUCAAUAGUGCUUGUCUUCAUCAUGGCGUUUGUUGUCGAUAGCGAUGUCCUGACCUUGGUAUUCGUCAUCAUCGAGUACAUCGCGUACACAUGGUACACCCUGUCGUACAUUCCGUACGCCCGCACGGCGGUACUCAAGUUCUUCGGAAUGUAAGGUAGGCUAUGGCGCUGCUCACGUAUACUCAUAUAAUGGUUCCUGUGGCCACGGCCACCGUGUGGAUUGAUGCUCGGAAUGUGUUGUGUACGAUGGAAAAGUAUCGCUCUCAUGUGGGACAGUGUUGUUGUUCGUUGGCUAUUUAUUUCUUUUCGUUCGUCCGCUACUGUCAACAAGAGCAUCCCAAUGUUUGCACUGUCCUU